AUGAAUCAUGCUACAGCUCAACUUAAGUGUUUCCAAGACUUAAAUAUUUCAUAUACAGACGAAGAGUUACUUUCAAUAUUUGCACAAGGUCCAGAUGCAUUACGUAAAUUUGCUCAAAGAGCUGAAAUUGUUUCCAAACGCUUUAGUUCGGAUGAAAAAGUUUCUUUAGCUAUCUUUGUCGAAUCUGUUCAAGAAAGUUGUCCAGAAGAUUUAAUUGAAUUUAUCUCUGAGCCGGGAAAACUAGUUUUUUUAUAUGCACCUUUCGAAGCGAAGGCCCUUGGUCACCAAAUUUCUACGUUUCACAUCGAUUCAACGUAUAAACUUCUAA